AUGUCAAACAACAACAGCAGCCAUCAACAAGACGAUAUAGUCGCUUACAGCAACUCGGUGCCUCCUCCACCUUAUUCCGCGGACAACGCGCAAUACGAUCUGACACCUAUCCCACACACCGAGAAUAGGCCAAGACUUCCCGAGGAAAAGAGAAACGCCCUUCUCACCAAUUUACCCGAGGAUGUAAAGAUCGUCAAAUUCCAAACUAUUGUUCGUGAAGGCAAGGAGAUCGUCGUGGGCAGAAUCAAGGUUCCCACUCCCGGCUCCAUAACGCAUGCUUUUAUCCUUCGUCGAUACGACACCAAUGCAAUCUCCCUCACCACCAUGUACAAGGUCGCUUUCCCCGGCGCAACGGAUGACGACGAGAGAAGGGAGAUGGAUUGGGUCAAAUCCUCUUUCGACACUCGAGGCACCAACGGUGGUCGAGGUAGUGAAGUCGUUAGACUCGCUGGUCAAUGGGUCAGCAGGCACCUGGCUAUCCACCUGGCUCCGGCUUACAAUUUGUCGGAGUUGAUCGCGUCACUCGCUCGAGCAGUCCCCGACCCGAAUGUCGCCUACCGAAAAUCUCAGCGAUCACAAGCUGCUUCUGAGGAAAUGGCUCGACAGACCGACCCGGCUCCUGCUCGACCUGUACCAUCAAUGACUCCCGCUGAGACUGCUUCUCCCGCACCCAAACGACAACGAAGAGAACCUUCUGCUCCCGCUGCUGCUUCGUCUAGUACCGCUGCUGAGAACGCUCAAGACGACGAAGAACGACAUCUGACUCUCGAAUCAACUACUACUGUCACUGCUCCUGCCGGUGCCACUGUGGAUAUGGAGGCAGAGAUUGAAUCAGCUAAGCAGUUGGUUAUGGAUUUGAAGAGAGAAUUGAGACUCAGAGCUGCUGCUGGAGAAGAAUUAGAAGAACAAGGUGUGGAGGUUCCUGAGGAUACAAGGGGUACUAAGAGAGGCAAACGUGAUGAUGAAGGUGUUGUUAUUUCCGGUGGUGCUAACGGUAAGGGCAGGUUUGUUCGAAAGAACAACCGAGUGGUUCAGGAUGGUCUUCUAGGUCAGACUGGUCAAAAGAUCGCUUGGGGAACCAUUAUCUUCAGUUUAGGUGUCGGUGCUGCUACGCUCCUUCCCCAAUACGUUUCUAGCUUUUUCUGA